UCUGCCCCGCGCGCUUAACUGCAGUCCAGCGCUUUGUGUUCUUAUUGGCCCGAAUGAACUAACUCCGCCUCCUAUAUCCAUGUGGACCCGCCUACUCACACCUUCAUUGGCGCUCCAGACUAGCUCCGCCUUCCUUCUUCGGGCUCACGUGGCGCGCGCGUGUUCUUGGGAGAUUGCAUUCCACCUUUUCGGAUCGUCUAGCGUAGCCAUUGGCCAAAUCACUGGUUACACGUGACGUAGCUUGUUGUUUUAAAAUCCCAGCUCGUACGCUCCCCUCGCACAACGACCCGGAAGCGCCAGCUAAAGCACUUUUCUAUUGGUCGCACCUCUAUAGCGCGACUCUGCACACCCGCCCACAAAGUUGGUCUUGGGGGCUGGCUUCCCCAUUGGUAGCCGAGCGGCCCACUUGAUUGGCCAACACCCGCCCAAGCUGCUCCCCUAUUGGUUGUGACUGCCACCGUACACACCGCACUUCCGCUGGGUAGCUCCUUCCCUUGGCUCGCAGCUUCCUGAACCCGUCUAGCUCGGCGCCAUGGCGUCUCAGGGUCGUCGGCGAAGGCCGCCGCGGAGGCCUGAGACGGUGGUGCGGGGGGAGGCCGCCGAGACAGAUUCAGAGCUCUCUGCGUCCUCGUCGGAGGAGGAGCUGUACCUAGGACCCUCGGGCCCAACGCGCGGCCGUCCCACCGGGCUGCGGGUUGCUGGGGAGGCCGCGGAGACCGACUCGGACUCGGAGCCAGAACCGACGGCCGCGCCGAGGGACCUGCCUCCUCUCGUGGUGCAGCGAGAAACAGCCGGAGAAGCCUGGGGUACUGAGGAGGCCCCAGCGCCCGCCCCUGCGCGCUCGCUGCUACAGCUCCGGCUGGCGGAGAGCCAGGCGCGUCUGGACCACGACGUAGCGGCCGCUGUGAGCGGUGUGUACCGCCGGGCGGGCCGUGAUGUGGCUGCCCUGGCCGGUAGGCUGGCGGCCGCCCAGGCAGCAGGGUUGGCGGCCGCCCACAGCGUGCGCCUGGCGCGGGGGGACCUCUGCGCGCUGGCCGAGCGCCUGGACAUCGUGGCCAGCUGCUGCCUGCUGCCCGACAUCCGCGGCGUGCCGGGGACCGAGCCCAAGCAAGAUCCAGGAUCGCGGGCCUAGCCAUGACCCAUUCCCCGCCUGACUCUGCGUCCCCCAGGAGCCCUGAUGACCCGGCUCAGUACCCUGCAUAGCCCCCCACCUUUCCUGUUGUCUCCCUCAGGGCUAACCCCACCCCCUGGAUAAAGCUGCCCACGUGUGCAUGUGGGUGUGGAUGUGUUGGUGGGGGGUGGGGUAGUGGUGCUCAGACCCGUCUCUUGCGUCUGGUUCCUCCUUGUGGUCCUGGCCCUUCUCCCUGGUUCCUUGCAGCCUGUGUCUGAGCCCUGGGUAACUGGCUCCUCCUUGAUCUGCCUCUAUCCUGGGUGCUCACUGUGCCCACCUUUCCUUGCGCUCUGCCUAAGUUUGGUUUCUGCUUGCAAGGGUUGAUGCUGCUGCUUCCCACAGGCGCCCCAGCAUCUAUUUAUUGGGGCUGCCACCCUCCCCCCUCUGUACAGACACCGCUCUUCCUCUGAGUAGUGCAUUACGCAGGCUCCGGGCUUACAGGCCAGAUUUCCUAGCACCUUCCUUCACCCGCUUGGCUCUGCCUCCAUUCCUAGCUACACUUUGGAAUUUUGUCUGCGUGGGCUGGACCCUUUCUCUGCUCCUCAGGGUUGUCCCUGGUUCCAUCUCCUAGUUUUAGUCCUUGCUCUGCCAUCUCCUGGCUCCUCCUCGGGUUUGGCUGAUCCUGGUUGGCCUGAUCUCAUCUCCUGGGUCCAGUUUUAACCAUAGGGUUGGUUUUACUUUUUUGCUUUUCCCAUCCUGCUUAUACUACCUGUUUGUUCUUGAGCUUCUGAAACCCCACCAUAGCCCCCUCCUGACCCAAGGGGUCCUUCACCCCACUCUCCAGGCUCAGGAUGGCAUCUCCUCCAGACCCAAGUAGGUGGGCCCUCCACCCUCUCUAGGCCAAGGUAGCACUUUGUGCCUGACCUCCAGAUACGAAAUGGGCCUCCUUCUCACUCCAGGUAGAUAAUGGCAUCUUUCACUUAGGGCUCAGCAAAGACUGCCCUGGUACUUUGGAUGCAGUGAUACCACAUUGCAGAUGAGAACCACACGCAUGGUGUUUGUUCGUUGCCUUAGCAUCAGACUGCCCUGGGUGCUAAGAGGACUUGGAUUUCUGUUCCUUCUGGCCACAGCCCUCAUCUCUCAGUCCCAUUCACAUUUAUUCCCUUCCCCACUCUUUCCCCAGCCUAAAGAUGAGAUCCGAAUCCCCAGAAUGGAGAGGUGGGGAAGAGACCUCUGUGGCAGAGUCACUAAAACACACAGCAUUUACUGAUGCCGUCCGUCCCUCCUGAGUCGCCACUGAUGCGGGGGCAGGUUGGUUAGUGAUUUCUCUGAGAAAUGAGGGUUCCCAAGAGUGGGAUGCUUCCUGCCUGGCCUAUUGAAGGUGAAGCUGUAGCUGGAAAUGAGGGCCCCUGGUUUUUUGGGUUUUGCUUGGUCCUGUGUGCAUUUGUAUUCUGUUAACAUGCACGUGACGGGCCGCUGUUCUGUGUCUGUGCUGUGCCGGGCCCGUGGGGUGCAACCGCCAGUUCUGGCCCUCGCCAAGCUCACAGUCCACUGGGAGGGACAGACGUUAAUAAAAUCAUCUCAUAAGUGAGUGGAUAGUUUUAAUAA